AUGGCUGCCUAUAUCUCGCCGUCUCCAGCGUUACUGGCAUCCUCUUCCAGCAAUUCUCGUCGAUCGCAACGACCUGCAACGCGACCCUUAACAACCAGUGCUCAUCAAGGUCCAACUGUAGCACCCUAUGCUAAGCAACAAUUCGACCAAAGUAUUACGGGAGACAGCUCGGACGAUGAAGAUCUUGCGCCCAUUAAACUAAGCGCCGAGGCGCAAGCUAUAUUAGGUGAAGACAAUGAGCAAUUGGGAGCCGAGAAGGAGAACGUACAACCAGACCGACACAAUGCGAAGCCGUCUGGCACAGGUUACUCUAGGAGAAGAAGCAGAGGGACGCCACUGCAAAUGUUGAGAUCCUCAAGCCCACCUCAUCAAAGAGACGGUAGUCCUGCCCCUCGAAACAUUCCUGUUAGCUCCGCGUCUCGCCCUGUGCAGCCCGGAGUCUUGGGAAGAGAUGGAUCGUUCAUGUACAAAAUCCAUGACAAGUCGUCAGCAGGUGAUCAUGCUGUACGCCACAUUUCAGAAACGCCGGCACCUAGAGUCCGGCGCAUCCGUAUCAGUGAUGCCAGGCGGCUAUCGAGAUCUCCUCCAUCAGGCGAGGCGGACAAGGGCGAACAAGUCGAGCAGGCUCCCGAAACUUCAAAAAGGUCAAUCAGCCCAAGAUCUAGCGUCAUUCGCGGACACCUCGAUGAGCAGAAUGCUGCCGUCCCGUCGACAAUCAGCCGAUCUCGAAAACCCGACGAAAAUGGUGCUCAAAGUACCAUGCGAGUUCGACGAAUCGGAGGCGCGUUACUGAACAGACCUGUAAGAAGAGGUAUGGUGCGUCGUCCCAGCGAAGACGAAGAUGUUCAAAUGGCAGGCCAAGAUCAACCACGCCCUGAUACUCCUGAGAUGGAAAUGGGUCGACGAGCCAAUGAGCCUGAGUUACAAGAUUUGCCCGACGAUUUGCUUGCGCUGAGGGCAAGUCCCGAAGGGCCAGCUGAACAUUCCCUACGAAGCACUUCUCCCAAAAAGAUAGCACCGGUUUUAUCACGAGUUCCUUCGCCGUCCCAACCAGGAUCGACUCACCAAGCCAACCCUACACCUGCUGUGCGUCAUUCUCAGUCCUUGUCCAGAUCAUCGAGCUCCCAGAAAAGACCUGUUUUCAAAAUCCCACCUUUGCCAGCCCUCCCGUUGACGGAAGACCAGGAGAAUGAGCCUCCUCCAACCUUUCGAAGGAGCAAACCAUCGGCGGCAAUCUUGGAUUUUCAAGAAGACGGUGCUCCACUGGAGAACAAACAGGUUGCUCCUGGGCCAGGGCACGCUUCUCCAUCUCGUCAGCCUCUCGCUCCACGGUCUAAUAACACACCUCACAGACCUGCACCAGCCCCACCGCCAAAGAUGUCGAUUCUUGAUGCAGCGACGUCGAAUGCGGGCUCUCGCAACAAGAAAUCCGUCCACUACGUUCUGAACGGAAAGACCUAUCGGCGGCUCGAUUGCAUAGGCAGGGGUGGUUCGUCAAGAGUUUUCCGCAUCAUGGCAGAGAAUUACAAGAUUUUCGCCCUCAAACGAGUGAAUCUCGAGGAAGCCGACAUGGCUGCAAUCGUAGGCUACAAGGGCGAGAUUGACCUCUUGAAAAAGCUCGAAAACGUGGAUCGUGUUAUCAGACUUUACGACUACGAGAUCAACGAGGAAAAAGGGGUGCUCAGUGUCAUGAUGGAGCUGGGCGAGACCGACUUUAACAAAAUGCUGAACGAGCAACUGAAGACCGAGAAUGCCAAACUGGAUACUACUUUCACCAGACACUAUUGGAAAGAAAUGCUGGAAUGCGUCCAGGCGGUGCACGAUUACGACAUUGUUCAUUCGGACCUUAAGCCCGCCAACUUCCUUCUCGUCAAGGGUCAACUCAAAUUGAUUGAUUUUGGCAUUGCUAAUGCUAUCCAAGAAAACACAGUCAACGUGCAUCGAGAAAAUCAAAUCGGCACGCCUAAUUAUAUGUCCCCAGAAUCCCUGGUUUGUCAUACGCCCGCUGCAGGAUCACAGCAACCCCCGGGCACGAAACUACUCAAACUCGGCAAGCCCAGUGAUGUUUGGAGUCUGGGUUGUAUCCUUUAUCAAAUGACCUACGGCCAACCCCCGUUCGCCCAUAUCCAGAAGCAGUUCGAGCGCAUCAUGUCCAUCCCCAACCCGAAGGUCGAGAUUUCAUUCCCGUCCACAGGGAUUGGUGGGUCUGUGGUUCCCUUUGGGCUCAUCAAGACCCUGAAACGGUGCCUCACACGCGAACAAUCUCUGAGGCCCACGAUCAAGGAGCUCUUAUCUGAAACGGACCCAUUCUUGAACCCUGUCGCCAUUUCCCCGGAGAUGUUGGGCAGGGUGAUCGGGAAUGUCGUGGGCUAUUGUCGACGAAGAGAGGAGGCGUUGAAAGCCAAGGGCGAGAUUGUGUGUAAAGAAGGAGAGGAAGUCAGCUGUCUGCCGAGUGACCAGGAGAUGGUUGGCUGGCCUGGAGCGUUUUAUGAGAAGUUGCGGCAAGCGAAUUUGGAGGGAACAGCAUGGUAG